GGCAGCUCAUCAGUCCAGUCGCCAGCGGAGCCCGAGACGACGGAUGCGCGGGAGCCUUGGCGUUUUUACAGCUGCGUAAAACCGUUACCAUUACCACUUGUACCAUCUCCGGCCAUGAAAACGGUCCUCCAACUCCUCCAGCUCCUCGGAGUGCUCGUCUGCAGCGGCCAAGCGGCCCUGCAGGUGUCCAUAUCCUUAAACAAAGUGGAGCUGAGUGUGGGAGAAUCCAAGUUCUUCAUCUGCACAGCUAUUGGCGAGCCGGUGAGACUAGAAUGGUUCAACCCUCAAGGCGAGCGGAUCGUGGCGUCCCGGAGAAUGGCCCUCCACACAGAGGCGUCCAGAUCGCGGCUCAUCAUUUACAACGCCAUCAUCGAAGACGCAGGGAUUUACCGCUGCCAGGCAACGGACGCCAACGGGCACACGGAGGAGGCGUCCGUGGUGCUGGAGAUAUACCAGCGGUUGACGUUCCGGGAUGUCCAGUCUCCGCAGGAGUUCCGGCACGGGGAGACGGCCGAGGUGGUGUGUGAUGUCAUCAGCUCCCCAGUCCCGGCUGUGGUGUGGUACUACCAAGACCGCGAGAUCACAGAGGAGCCCCAUAGCAGGUACAUGGUGCUGCCCAAUAACAACCUUCAGAUCCAUCAAGUAACCAAAGCGGAUGAAGGAGUGUACCGAUGUGAAGCUAGCGUCGAGGCUAGAGGGGAGAUAGACUUUGUGGAUAUAGCCGUGGUCGUCAACGUGCCUCCGGUUUUGUCGGUUUUCCAACAGUCGUUCAACGCCACGGCCGAUUACCAGGAGUCCGUCACGUUCACCUGCAUCACCUCCGGAUCCCCUGACCCUCUGGUAACGUGGCACAGAAAAAGCCAGCAGUUGGAGCCGUCGGAGCAGUACAUCCUGAGUCGAUUAGAAGGAGGAAGGAGCAUGCUAACCAUCAGGAAUAUUCGACAAUCGGACGGGGGGACCUACUCAUGCCGGGCGACGAAUAAAGCCGGCGUCCAGGAGAGGGAGCUGUUUCUAAAAGUGUUCGUCCAACCUCACAUCCUCCAGCUGAAGAACGUGACGGCGGUGGAGGGCAGCGCCGCCAUGAUCUCGUGCCUGGCCGAGGGGGAGCCGCUGCCCGAGGUGUCCUGGAGGAGAGCCAGCGACGGGCAGACCUUUAUGGACGGGCUCAGGAGUUCAGACAGUCGCGUGGAGGUCAGAGGUCGUCAUGGUAAAUCCGAGCUCACCAUCAGCGGGGUGAAGCUGACCGACCUGGGCCGCUUCGACUGCGAGGCUCUGAGCAGGAUCGGGGGCCACCAGAAGAGCAUGUUCCUGGACAUCGAGUACAUCCCAAAGUUCCUGACCAAUCACACGGUGUACUUCUCGUGGGAGGGUAACCCGGUGAACAUCAGCUGCGACGUCAUGUCCAACCCCCCGGCCACCAUGCUGUGGAGACGAGAACGCUUCACCAUCCCCACGGAGGGCACGCACAACACCAGGAUCCACAGCGCCGAGGGCAAGUCCGUGCUGGAGGUGACGCCGAUGUCUGACCGGGAUUUUGGCCGCUACAACUGCACGGCUCGCAACAACAUCGGCGUUCGAUACCAGGAAUUCAUUCUGGCACAAGCAGAUGUGCCGUCUAACCCUCACUCGGUGCGGCUGUCGGCGGUCUCCCAGCGCCUGGCAACCGUGACAUUCAUGACCCCCGACUCUCACGGAGGAGUGCCCAUCAACUACUACCUGGUGCAGUACAGAGAGGCCGGAUCACUGGAGUGGAGGGACGUGCGCUCACACAGUGUACAGACGACGGUGGUGCUAACGGGGCUCGAGCCCAACACGACGUACGAGGUGAGGGUGUCGGCGGUGAACGGGAAGGGUCAGGGGGAGUUCAGCCACACGGAGAGCUUCCAGACGCUGCCCAUCAGAGAGCCCAGCCCCCCCGCAGUGCACGGGCAGAGGGGCGUGGGCAAGGCCUACAGGCUGGGACUGGUCAAGCAGGACGACGGGGGCAUGCCCAUAGUGGAAUACAUCGUCAAGUACAAAACGGAUAAAGAGGAGCAGUGGAUGACAAAGUUGGUUCCGGGGGCUCAGGACUUUGCGAUGCUGCAGCCGCUUCAGUGGAACACCAGAUAUGAAGUAGAGAUCACAGCGAGAAACGUCAAAGGACUGUCAGAGCCGACCUUCUACCAGUUCUUCAUGCCUCAGAAACCGGACAUCACAGCAGAAUCCCUGUUCAGCGGCCUGGGUCUGGGGGCCGUGGUGGGGCUCGGUCUGGGCGCUCUGCUGCUCCUCCUGGUUCUCGUGGACGUCAGCUGCUUCUUCCUGAGACACUGCGGCCUGCUCAUGUGCAUCACGCGGACCCUCUGCGGCAAAAAGACCGCCACCGGGGGCAAGGGCAAGGAGCUGGAGGAGGGCAAGGCGGCAUACCUGUACACCUACAACAGCAGCCCAACCACCUUUUCAACCACAGAAGUUACCGCUGAAGGAAGAAAAUGGAAAAGAGUCUCUCAAGCCGGAUACGAUUGAAAUCAAAGUGCACAGUGACAACAGUCUGCACACACAGCCCAACAUCAGCAAAGCGUAAAAAACACACGAGACGUUUCCCCUCCCUCGUCACCAAAAGAACAUUCGGAUUACGAGACCAAAACCCAGAGAAACAACGAUACUGGAGUCCAAUAGCAUAUCUGUUUAGCAAAUGCCCCCGCAGCAGGCAUGUGUACAUAGGAAUAAUAGAGAGAAAACCGAUCAGACGGGCCGACCUUUUCAACGCCCGGAGUGAUAAGUGUAUCAGUGGAAGGUUAUUCUGUGAUCUAUGUCCAUUAAUUUGGUCCUUUUUUUUUUUUUUUGUCUCCCGUUACUACGGUUCAGGCUGCAGUUCUGAACCCCGGCGCGCCCUCAGCAGUGAUAAUGCUAGCUUUUCUUUUGUUAGAGCUAACGCGCAGGCGGCCAAACGCUCUGCUUCAUAGAAUUCAGAUUUAUUCGAAGCGGUGCUAAUAUUUUGUUCUUUCAUUUUGACUUUAUUUUUUGGGUUGCGUAUCAGUCUUUAGUGUUGUGUGUUUCCGGGAGCUUAGUAUCAACUAGCUCCGUGUUGACAUAGCUAACACAACAAAAGUGAGACCGUUAUGUAAAGAUUACCGCACCAUUGGCUAAUAACCUUUAUGUUGGCUAAGCUAGCGUAUUCUGCUCAGUUAAAUUCAGAAUAUUUUUGACUCAGCUGGUAUUUCGUCUAUAUUUUUUAAGUAGACAUCUUUUUGAAAUAUCUUAGUUAACUUGUCAACUAAGCAUGCUAGCAUUGCGUGAACACAGGUAACACAGAACACAGAACUCACUCAUAGCAUUUUUGAGCUGUAUUGAACUCUGUAGCCCUAGCGUCAUGCUCCCAGCCCUUUAGCUUUUGUUAGCUUAAGCCAGUGCACAUACCAACCAUCUUUCCAGGUGACAUCUCAAACCUUGCUAUGCCUUUAAAGCUGCUCCGGUGUCAUAUUAACGAGCAUCUGAAGCUAAAGGAUAUUGUUUUUCUUCUUUUUUUAAUGCUAACUAGCUUUAGCAGCAACGUAAACAGGUUUCAGCGCAAGUUAGCAAAACAAACCGACUCAAAUUAGCAACGGGAAGGAGUGUUUAUCCGUAACUUCAGAUGGCAUAGGUUAUUGUCGUCAACGUUCACUUCACAAUGAGACCGCACUGACACGGUUAGCGCCAUGAUUGAAACCGUAUAUUGUAUUCUCUUCUUGCGUGUGCACAAAUACGUUCAGUCACUCCUCAACGAACUGUCGCCAGAGGUGAACUGCACUGCAAGCUCAUUUCCUCCCUCAAUACACAACUUGGAAAAUUAAUGUCUUUCUGUUGCAUUGGGCCUGAACGGUGGCGUGAUGUAACAUUUCUGUAAAAGCCAGGAUAUGAGCGAUGGCUUCGGGGCUGCAGGCACGGGAACAGAUUCAUACACAAAUGGAUCAAUGGCUUGUUUUUGUUUCUUCAUCACUGUCUGGGACUUCUUACCACGUGCGGGCUGAUCUCUCUAAUGUUGUCAUGUGUUGUACAUACGUUGAAAAAAAAAGUAUUUUACAAAGCUUUUAUGUAAAUAUACCCAGAGGGAUGUGUGUUUUUCAAAUGCAAUGACUAUUUCCCCCCAUUCCCUCAGAUGAAAAAUAGUUUCUUUCUGUUUGUGUUUUGGUCGGAACUUCAGUAAUGGUGCAAUAUUACUUUUUUCAUGCCAUUUGCUUUCCCGUAAAAAAAGAAUCCAUGGCCUAAAGCAAUUUCGCGAUUUCAACGAAGGCAGUAAUUCCAGCAUUAGCGUGCCUUCUCUAACCCCACCCCUCUUUAGACCAUCGAAUGCGUUUUACAUUUCAACAACAACAGGCUGUCACAAGUUGAAGUCGGUCGUAGCCGUGAAUUCUGGGAAGUGUAGUUUCGAGGUAGGCGACACUGGACAGGUAUAGUCACGUAUUUUCGGACUGUGAAUAGAGGGAUUGUUAAUUGUCUGUGUGAAUGUGUGUGUGCGCGCAUACAUGCAUGGACCAGGACGACACGAGGUUGCGUCCAUAUGAAUCAGGUUGCAUGUAUGUGCGUUGAAUGUAUCCGAACGCACCGUAUCGGGUUUUACCUCUGUGUACAUUUGUGUGCGUGUUUACAUGAAACAUCAUAAAUAAUGUCACGAUAGCAGAUUUUAUUUUGGUAAGUUAUUGUUUUAAAUUAAAGUCUAUUGAAUGGUGUAAUAUGCAACUUAAAGGGGUUACAUAUAGACCUAUAAGGACAACGCGUUCCAAAGAUGUCAAUAACUGAUUAACAUGACCUUCUAAAGUGCAUGUUACAUCGCCUUUAACCACUAGAUGGAGUCAUGAGCCGCGAGGAGAUUUCUUUUUUUAAUUCUUUAUCGACCAUUUCCAACCAUAGAAAGUAAAAAAAGAGGUGGACUGAGUUAAUGUGACGUCACCCGUAGCGCUCGGGUCCAGUCAAAUGAAGCUCAUCGAUGCUAGCAGUGAUAGCGGCGAAUUUGGAGCCGAGUGGCCGUAUUUGGAAUUCCGACCGCGAGUAUCAUAGCAACCAAAAAGUCAGUCCUGAGCGAAGCUGUUGAAGGUACACGCCUCAUUCCUGUCCGCGCCGCUGGUUUAGCUUAGCGCCGCUUAGCAACACUGUCAAUCAAAUCUGUUGCUAACGCUAACAGGAGCAACCUCGGGGAAAGAAGGCAGCUGAUUUGUCUGUUAUUAAUGUUCACAUCUUGAUUCACGGACAAAAUGGCUAAAUAAAAAUACCAGGAUUGUGUAGAGCGUGUUUUCAGGCUAGCACGUUAGCUAUGUCCAUUUAUAUAUACAGUCUGUGUUUCUAACUUAAUUUAUCAGUAUAUUGUUUUAAUUUUUAUUGGCAAACUUUUUUUUAAAUCUUGUUUUGUUACAUUUGACAAAGCUACACGCUAACAUUAGCCUACUGAAGUUGACUGGCCGUCCGAAAGAGCGUUUUUUUUUUUGUGCUAUUCCAGGUGUUUCGUUUAAUCAAGGUCUAUUUCCACGCAUGCCUACACUCUUUCUAUGAUUACCACUACAUGGACUGAUGAGCUACUUUAAAUUUAAACUUCUUUUCCUCUUUUUUCACCGCCAUCUUGAAUUUGUUUUGUACCAAAUACCGGUCGACACUUUGACACUCUAAACUGCAAAGUUAGUUGACGCCAUAUGGUGCUGAUCAGCCGAAAGACGUUCCCGGACUACAUGUAAUCCCUUUAAAGUCAUUUGAGUGUGGCUCGCAUUCGUCUUUGACAGUGGAACAGUGCCAGAGCUCUCACAGUGAGUUAGGGAGUGCGCUCCGAUAGCUAAAACCUGAUUAUGUACUUGUCCACAGUGAUUAAUUUCUCGCGGCUGCGGCACUCCAUGCAUGUGUCUGCAGGCUCCCCCCGCCUCCCUCCACCUCUCCUCUCCUCUUCAUCGUUUUUUAUCAAGCCUUCCGUAGCGCUGGCUUUGUUUUCUUGUACCUUGCAUAUCUCAAAUGGAUGGUCCUGCCAUGGAAGCGGCGCGGCUGCCUGUUACGACAACUGUAAAUAUGGGAGCACAGUGCCUGGAGGCUGGGACGAUUUGUACAUGUUCUUUUGUAUUUGAAUAUGAACUCUCCCCCUCAGCUGCCCGCUCCUCCGUGAUCCCUUCUUUUGCGUGGGGGUGUUACAGGUGUGGUUGAGCUCAGUGUAUGUCUCCCCCCUCCUCGUCCCCCUCUUGGACUGUCCCACCGAGCGCGCUCAGUGCAGGAGCUGGGAUCUAGUGAUGUCUCUCUGUACGUACCUGUGGAACACUUGUGACUCCUGUCAUUGGCCGCUGUAAAUAAAC